UGGACGCGACUUCACGGGAAGACCAGAGCACAGGCAGGCUUGGCCGAGCAGCUGGGCUCUGUGGCCACCAUGGCGUGGGGUCUGUGGAACCGGGCCCAGAGACCUCCUGUGGGCGCACUGACCCUGUCAGCCUUGGCUGAAGGGAUCCGGGCCGGCCAGGGACAGUCCUCGGGCCCUCCUGCCACGGAGCCAGAGGGCGGAGAGGCCCUGCCCACAGCCUGUGGGGCACCCAGCCCCCCACCCUGUGCCUCAGAACCACAGGACUUUGAGGGGCAGCAUCAGGUUCCCCCAAGUUCCUGGGAGCAGGGAGCCCUGGCUGACUUGGCCCUAUGCACGAUGGCCUGCAUGGAGGAAGCGGGGUACUCGGGCACUCAGGCCACAGCCCUUACCCUGUCCUACGCCCUGGAGGCCCAGGGGCAGCGGCUGGAGGAGCAGGUGCACACACUGGUUCAGGGGCUGCUGGCCCAGGUGCCCGGCCUGGCCGAGGGGAGACCCAGGCGGGCCGCCCUGCGUGUGCUGAGCGCGCUGGCCCUGGACCACGCGAAGGACGUGGUGGCUGCGCUGCUGCCCUGCUCACUGCCCCCCGACAGGUCCACAGCCGAGCUGUGGCGCAGCCUGAGCCGGAACCAGCGCGUGAAUGGGCAAGUGCUGGUGCAGCUGCUUUGGACGCUCAAGGGCGCAGCAGGGCCAGAGCCCGAGGCCUUGGCGGCCGUGCGAGCCCUGGGGGAGAUGCUGGCCGUGUCAGGCUGCGUGGGCGCCACACGAGGCUUCUACCCACACCUGCUGCUGGUGCUGGUUACGCAGCUGCACGAGCUGGCCCGGAGCGUCCGCUCCCCCGACAGCCCUAAGGUCUGGGCUCCUUCCGACCAGGGGCCCCCUCACAGCCAUGCCAGCUGUGCUGUGGAGGCCUUGAAGGCAUUGCUGACGGGUGAUGGCGGCCGCAUGGUGGUGACGUGCAUGGAGCAGGCAGGAGGCUGGAGGAGGCUGGUGGGUGCUCAUACCCACCUGGAGGGCGUCCUGCUGCUUGCCAGCGCCAUGGUGGCCCACGCUGACCACCACCUGCGGGGCCUCUUCGCCGACUUGCUCCCGCGCCUGCGGAGCCCGAGCGACACGCAGCGCCUCACGGCCAUGGCCUUCUUCACGGGGCUAUUGCAGAGCAGGCCCACGACGCGGCUGCUUCGGGAAGAAGCCGUUCUGGAGCGGCUGCGCAGCUGGCAGGACGACCCUGAGCCCACCGUGCGCUGGCUGGGCCUGCUGGGCCUCGGGCACCUGGCGCUCAGCCGCCGCAAGGUGCGGCAUGUGGGCGCUCUGCUGCCAGCGCUCCUGGGUGCCCUGGGCGAGGGUGAUCCUCGGCUGGUGGGCGCGGCACUGGGCGCUCUGCGGAGGCUCCUGCUGCGACCCCAGGCCCCAGUGCGGUUGCUGAGCUCAGAGCUGCGGCCUCGCCUCCCACCGCUGCUGGACCAUGCCCGGGACUCGGUGCGCGCCUCUGCCGUCGGCCUGUUGGGGACCCUGGUGCGGCGUGGCCGGGGUGGGCUCCGCGUGGGGCUCCGAGGCCCCCUGCGCAAGUUGGUGCUCCAGAGCCUGGUGCCGCUGCUGCUCCGUCUGCAUGACCCCAGCCAGGAUGCGGCCGAGAGCUCCGAAUGGACGCUGGCCCGCUGCGACCAGGCACUGCGCUGGGGGCUGCUGGAGGAGAUGGUCACCGUGGCGCAUUACGACAGCCCUGAGGCCCUGAGCCGUGUGUGUCACCGCCUGGUCCAGCGGUACCCAAGUCACGUGCGCAGCUUCCUGAGCCAGACCCAGGGCUACCUCCGGAGUCCCCAGGGCCCCCUGCGCCGGGCAGCUGCAGUCCUUAUCGGCUUCCUCGUCCACCAUGCGAGUCCCAGCCGCGUCCCCCAGGACCUGCUGGACGCCCUUCUGCAGGACCUGGGGCAGCUGCAGAGCGACCCAGAACCGGCUGUGCUAGCCGCCGCGCAAGUGUCUGCCCAGCAGGUGGCACUGCUGGCUCGUGCCCAGGCUCGUCCCCGAGGCCCCCGCCUGGCCCGCCUGGUGCGCCUGGUGCAACUGGGCCACCGGCUGGCGCCACCCCCCAGGCCUGUGCCCGUCUACGCCGACAGCCCCUUCCAACCGAGGAGCCUCGCCAGCCGCUGGGGCUCCUUGGGACCCGGCUGAGUCUGUCCUCACUGGGGGCAGUGCCUCACCCAACUGUGCCUUACACAGGGGUUGCCCAGGGCUGGUGCUUGACUCUGGUUGCUGCUCUGGAGCCACCGAGUCUGGGACACCUUGUCCUCCUCACCAGAGGGGGGUCAGCAGUGCCCCUUGGGUCUCAGCUGCUCCCUCUCGAACCCUCCCAGCUCCCCUCCCGACCCCCUCCUGAUCCAUCAUGGACAUUGGCCAGGCUUGGUCCUGAGUGGCCCAUUCUUGGCUAGGCUUCCUCUGCCACUAGGCCCUAGCACACCGUGGCCACUGGUCCUGUCAGUGUGUCCUGUGCUAUGGAGACACUCUCAGAGGCUCCCCUGAACCCUCAGGCUGGGGUCACACUUGGGGUAGAGGCCUUGAAGAAUGGGCAUCAGAUCCCACCUGCCUGAGACCUCAAGUUGGCAGUCAACACGCGCAUGGGCUUGGAGGAGAAGACAGGGACAGCCAGGGAAGCCCUUCAUGGCCCUGGUACCGGGUUUGCCGAUAAGCCACAUCUUCAGAAGGGCCUCCACAUAAGGACACUUGGAGAGUG